AGCCUCUCCAAGUAUAUAUCUUUGGACCUAAACCUGAUCAAUACAUUACCCGAAGUGGGUGGAAGUCGCACCUUCCUCCCUCCCACUCGUGAAGGCAGUGCUUCCAGGCGUUUCACAAAUUCCUCCUGUGACUGAGCCUCCAUCAAAAUAGAUAAGAUAAGAUUUGUGUGCUCUUUGGAAAUAGGUGGAUUCAUGCACCCACAUGUAGGACUGUGGUUGCCCCCCUCACA